UGUGCCAGCUGAGCUGUGUCACGGGAGGUCUGAAUAAUUUUACCGCCUCUCUUUUUAUAAAUCGGAUAAGUUUGUAGUUAUUUUCUUCUGCAAUAUGUUGGGUCAGGCUUUUUAUCAGGCAUUUUUUCAUGUCGGUUUGUUGACAGUGCUGAGUAUUUUCCUCGAGAUCGGUCUCACAGUGGGAGAAGAUUCCGGCUGUGGAAACGAAAGGACGCGAACCAAGGCCCCUGGGAACCUCACGUCUCACCCUGAGUACGGCCAGACUCACAUACCCCAUAAUAAAUGCAUGUGGUCCAUACAGUCCCCUCCAGACAAGUACGUGGCCCUACAAGUCCAAGAUUUUGGCAAUCUACUGUGUCAUUCGUCGUUGUUCCUUUGGACUAAUUUUGGCGGUAAGCGCUGGCCCGGCUGGCAUGGCUGCUCCUUAGAGACGUCGGCAGAGAUUCUGGGGUCGUCGUCCUCGUUCAGUUUCGGUACCAGACGAGGCGGGCUUUUGCAGCUCGUCUACAACGGCCUUACCGACCCAGCGAAUAGAACGGGGUUUUUCAUUACAUAUGAUUUCAAAGAGCCCGGUUGUCAUGGUUACACACGCCUUACUGGCACUCCAGCUUGGUUCGCCUCCCACCCUGGUGCAGGGCACUGGGUCUCCGAAGGCAACGCACACUGCACGUGGACUAUCACGGCUCCUCGAAAUCAGUUCGUUGUGGUGAGGGCAGAAAAUAUUUGGCUGCAUUGUGUGGGAGAAUGGCAGACUUUAACAGUUUACGACAGCGCCGAGGCGAGAGAGGACACCUUGAUCGCACGAAUGGCUUGUUCCAACCGCCUACCAUUGUACGCGUCCAGUGGUAACAACAUGUUUUUUGUCUAUAGAGACAUCUGGGCAAGUUCUGGAAGAGGGUUUAACAUCUCGUAUUCUUUCCACAGUAAACGUCAAAGUGGCUGUGGAGACGACAUGUAUUAUAACAGCACCAGUGGAGUCUUGCAGUCUCACCCAGGGGCGGACGGCACAACCACUUCUCGCUAUUUUCCCUGGUCACGAUGUCACUGGAGUAUCAACAUUCCGUCUGGGGCCUGGUUAGGAUUAAGGUUCGAAUGGUUCGACGUGUACGCAAGCUCAGUUAGCCAAGAGAAGAAUUAUUGUGAAGAUGACAAAUUAAUAAUCCAGAUAGGAGAUUUCAGACGAGAGUUCUGUAACAUUCACCGGCCAGACGGCGAUGGGCUCCGUAUAAGACUGCCAAGUACACCGACAGUAAUAAAUAUAUCGUUUAUAACGGGACCUGUUAGUCUGUUCAACAAACAAGGAAGAGGAUUUAGAAUAGUAUAUGCAGUAAUGUGUCGUACUGCAGACGACACUUACGUCGGUGUCCGCGAGGUCCACCGUCAGGACCACAACUGCAGUCAUGGAGAGGUGCCAGCAGGGGACCUGGACCGAGUCUGCCUGCCCAACGGAACUCUUGCCGGAGUACCCGUUAUCUGCAAACCCGUGGAUUGUGGCCUGGCUAGCGACGUAAGAAAUGCUGUUCCCCACUACACCGGGACUACCCACCGGGGCAGGGUGCGAUACACUUGUACCAAAGGCCAUGAGCACACGGCAGGGUCGGCUGAAAGGAUUUGCACCGCAGAUGGUGUGUGGAAGUGGACAGGAGAUCCCAUGGAAUGUGAAGUUAUAGAUUGCGGAACACCACCUAUUAUAGAGGACGCUUCCUCAAUUCUGCUGAAUUCAAGUACGUGGUACGAGAGUGUAGUUUCCUACUUCUGUCCAACGGGGUACUUUUCCCUUGAUGGAAAUAAGACAAAAGUGUGCCUAGAUGACGGAUUGUGGUACGGAGAAGACCUAAUAUGUCAACGCGUAAAUUGUGGAUCCCCCGUUAUUGUUGGUAACGCUACCAGGACUGUUGAUACGACCUCUUACCUUGGGCGAGCGAUCUAUGCUUGCUUUCCCGGCUUUAGCACCCCGGACGGAGAGACCAUAAUCGUCAGAACUUGCAGUGCCUCGGGAAAAUGGGAAGGGACGUUUCCUGAAUGUAACAUUGUAGACUGUGGAAUCCCAGAAAAGUUACACGGUGCACGUAUGCAGUACACAAGUACGGUGUAUGGAAGCCUAGUUAAUUAUACCUGCGACACAGGCUACACCCACGUGCACGGCUGGAAAACCAGGAAAUGUCAUCAUAGCGGAGCAUGGGUGGGAGAAGAGCCUGUUUGCCAAGUUGUAGACUGUGGUUCCCCGCCAUUGGUCCAGAACACAGUCAGCAGUCUGAACGGCACAACUUACGGGAACGUGGCUGUAUACUCCUGUCUUCUCGGUUACCGGGCUGUUAAUGGGUUCCAUAGCAUUGCUACCUGUGACGCUGCCGGACACUGGAUAGGGGAACAUUUACGAUGUGAAGCAUUAGAUUGUGGGCCUCCCCCAAAGUUAGACAACUCCAUAGUUCGGACACCAUAUGGUACUACCUACCUCAAGAUUGCCAUAUACGUAUGUCUCCCAGGCUACAGGGGAGUGUCAUUCAUGAUUAAGUUUUGCAAAGAGGAUAGUUUUUGGAAAGGACCAGAUUUACAAUGCAUAGCUGUCCCUACGAGUCAGACAAGUCAUCCUGAGAUUGCAACUCCCGGUCUGUAUAAAAGCACCAGCAAUAUCCUUUACCCUGGAACAAGAAUGACUACAAGUCGUCCAAUGAUUGGUGAACGCGCAGGUCUACUGUCAACGCAUCGUCUGACCUCACUAAAACACGCGCCUGUGACAACAGUCAGCACCAACGCGGGACCAGAUGUAAAUGGCAAAGCAGUUUCAGCUUUGCGUGUCUCGGAGCACUCGGUCACACCUAACUCGACCUUUGUCCACAAAGAUUCAGGGGAUUCCCAAAAAGAACCACAGGGUCAAACGAAUGAUGCAACGUUGCCAUUGAAAAACGACACUCUUUCUGAAAACACUACUAGAAGUGCUCUCACGGCUUCAGAUGUCUCUGGAAAUUCACUGAAGUCAACUCAAGUCACCGUCAUCUCACUGGCGACGGCUACGGUCUUCCUUGUCGUCGUUGUUGUCCUGCUACUUCUACUCUACUACAGGUUCCUUAAAGGCAAAAACAGACGUUCUUCGCCCGGUGAGAUAGUUAGAUACCAGCCAGACAACCCUUUUCCUGUAGUACACGGGAUGGAGAAUCCGAUAUAUGAUACCAGUGUGAUGCCGAACACGACAAACGAAGUCGCCAAUGACGGUUCAGAGAGUAUGCAAAAUUAUCUACCUGGAAAUUCUUACAUUACUGUUGAUAACAACAGUGAUGCAUAAAAGACAAUAAAAAGAAAAUGUGUUUGUGU